AUGCGCUCUGCCGCUCUCGUGGUCAACGCGGCUGCCAUCCACUCCAACUGCACCGCCCAAUCCACCGCGGCAUCGGUCCCGGCAGCGGUGGGGCAGCCGGAUGCGGUGCAUACACCCGGUGAUGCCCUUCACGCCAAAAGAUUCCUGCGUACGAGCCCUCUGGACGACGACGAAGAGAGAGUGAACUGGUUCAAAUCUAAGCUUGACGCCGGCUCGGAAACGUUCAGCAAGACGAAGAACAAGGCGUUGGUGGAUAAAUUGAACGACCCCACGUUUUACAGCGAACUUGUGAUGGCCGACAAGGUCAAACUGUACGAAACGUUCGCGUCGUGGAAAGGCUUGGGGAUUACGCUAGAGCACCUCACUGCAAGUGUAACGGGGUACAAUCAAGUGUCCCAUUACAUGAGGAGUGACGGGUGUCACUCUCCCGAGUACAUGGUACAUGGUACCAGUAGCUCCGCAAGCCAAUUGCGUGGGCUUUUGUAUAGUUAA